AUGGAUCCUCUCGAGCUCCAGACUCGAGCUGGCCAUCGACCAUCGACCACGCUCGGCGCUAAACCCAAGCCGAAGCUCACGAAAUUGAUCAUCAUGCUGAUCAUCGCUUCCUUAGCUAUCGCCUUGGGGAUAUUCUUCGUCUGCUAUUCGACAUUUCUCUCCGGGAGGAAUCGGAGAGUUUCGCUCCGGUACAGCGUCGUGAUUGACGGCGGGAGCUCGGGGACCCGGGUUCAUGUGUUCCGGUACCGGAUCGAAUCGGAGAGAUCCGUAUUCGAUUUCGUCGGGGACGGUGGUUACGCUAGUAUGAAGCUGAGUCCUGGUUUGUCGGCGUACGCUGAUAAUCCGGAGGGAGCGAGCGUGUCAGUGGCGGAGCUGGUGGAAUUCGCGAAGAGGAAAGUUCCGACGGGGAUGUUGAAGAAGAGUGACGUUAGGUUGAUGGCGACUGCUGGGAUGAGAUUGCUUGAAUUGCCUGUUCAGGAACGGAUUCUGGAAGUUACCAGAAGGGUUCUCCGAUCUUCUGGGUUUCAGUUUCGAGAGGAAUGGGUCUCUGUUAUCUCUGGAUCUGAUGAAGGAAUAUAUGCCUGGGUUGUUGCAAACCAUGCGCUUGGCUCUCUUGGAGGUGAUCCUUUGAAAACAACUGGGAUUGUUGAACUCGGAGGAGCUUCUGCGCAGGUGACGUUUGUGUCGAGUGAGGUUGUGCCUCCUGAGUUCUCGCGUACGAUAUCCUAUGGAAAUGUUUCAUACAAACUCUACAGCCACAGCUUCCUCAAUUUUGGGCAGGAUGUAGCACAUGAAAAGUUAUUGGAAUCACUACACAAAUCAGCUACAAACUCUACAAGACAAGGAAUAGUUACUGACCCUUGUACUCCUAAAGGAUACAUCCUCGACAAAAAUUCGUCCGGAUCACUUCAAGCUGCUGGUAAUUUCUCAAAAUGCCGAUCCGCUACAUUUGCAAUGUUGCAGGAAGGAAAAGAGAAAUGUCCUUAUAAGCAUUGUUCUAUUGGAUCAACAUUCACACCUAAUCUUCAAGGAAGUUUUCUGGCUACAGAGAAUUUCUUCCACACCUCCAAGUUUUUUGAGUUGAGAGAAAAAGAUUGGCUGUCGGAAAUGAUUUCAGCCGGAAAUAGAUUCUGUGGAGAGGAUUGGUCGAAGCUGAAAGUGAAACAUCCAACAUUCAAUGACGAGAGUUUGCUUCGGUAUUGCUUCUCAUCAGCAUAUAUCAUCUCAAUGCUUCACGAUAGUCUUGGCUUUGCUCUUGAUGAUAAAAGAAUCGAGUUUGCAAGUAGAGCAGGAGAAGAAGGCAUACCUCUAGAUUGGGCAUUAGGAGCUUUUAUACUAAAUGCUGCGACAGCCACUUUUGAUUUCAGUGGUAAAUCUAGAAAAAUUCUUGACUUGAGUACCGUAGCCAGAUACAAAAUAUGA